AUGCCCGUUGCUCCUAGCCGUGGUGGUUUCUCCUCUCCGUCUUAUGGUUUAUCUCCUGGUUUUAACGGUCGUUAUAACUGUGGUGAAUAUGGUCAUAUGGCUCGUUGCUGUCCUCGCCCUCCUGUUGCUCCUCAAGCCAUGUUUGCCUCUCAUACUCCUACUCCAUCAUCCACCUGGUUUAUUGAUAGUGGUGCCUCCGCUCACAUAACAAAUGACCUUGCUCAUCUCCAGCUCUCUCAAACUUACGGUGGUUCGGAUCAAGUUUCUGUGGUUAACGGUCAAGGUUUGCAUAUAUCUAAUAUUGGUUCUGGUUCCAUCUCUCAAUUCCAUUUAAAUAAAGUUCUUCAUUGUCCUUCCGCAUCUCAUAAUUUACUUAGUGUUCAUCAAUUUACUCUUGAUAAUUCUGUCUAUUUUAUUUUCACCCCUUCUGAUUUCUAUGUGAAGGAUCUCGUCUCGGGGAAGACGCUUUUCCACGGCAAGAGUGAAAAUGGUCUCUACCCGUUCCGGUCUCCUUUGUCCUCCUCCUCAUUUCCUACCACCGCUGUGGCCCUCCUUGGUAUCCGUACAUCUUCUCCCGUAUGGCAUCAACGCUUUGGUCAUCCAUCUCCUGCUGUCUUUCAGAAGCUUUCAACUCACCUUCCCCUUCGUGGUUCUCCUCGGAGUUCUUUUUGUUCUCAUUGUCCUCUAGGCAAAAGUAGUCGUUUACCAUUUCAGUUAUCUUCUUCUGUUUCUACUGUUCCGUUACAACUCAUUCAUUGUGAUAUUUGGACAUCUGCCGUUUUAUCUAAUAAAGGAUAUUGGUGGAAAAUUUGUUGUCUGUUGAUCGUGUAUGCACAAUCAAAUCUCUUCAAACAGAUUGGGGGGGAAGGGAGGGCGGCUGAAUUCCUUAGUCACCAAUUCCAGCAUUACUUACGUACUCAUGGGAUUUUUCACCGUGUUUCCAAUCCUCACACACCUGAACAAAACGGAGCCGCCGAACGCAAACAACGACACCUCAUAGACAUGGUUCUUACUCUCCUUGCCACCGCCCAUAUGCCCCCUUCCUUUUGGGUUGAAGCUUGUUAUUCUCUCAAUUACCAAGGUUAUCGGUGUUAUGAUCCUUCAACUAGUCGUGUUUAUCUCUCUCGUCAUGUUGUUUUUGAUGAAUCUACCUUUCCGUUUCAGGCGCUCUCUGACACUUCCUCCGUUCCUCCAUCCCCAGUGCCUCCCUCUCCACCUUUAGUCGUGUCUUCCUCUCCUGUUGUUUCUCCACCACUGCCAUCUCCUUCCCCACAGCCUCCUCAUUCUCCUCCUCCUUUGCCCAUGGUCACUCAUGUUGAUGUCCUCGCUUCUCCAGUAUCUGAGAUCGAACCUACCUCGUUUCGAGAAGCAAACAAAUCGGAUCACUGGCGCCAGGCUAUGCUCACAGAGGUCCAAGCCCUUCAUCACAAUCAUACUUGGGAUCUUGUUCCUCCCUACCCUCACCGCCAUGCCUUGCCUUGCAAAUGGGUGUUCCGUAUCAAACGCCGCUCCGAUGGUUCCAUUGAAAGGUAUAAGGCCCGUCUUGUGGCUAAUGGGUUUCAUCAACAAUAUGGCAUUGACUACUUGGAAACUUUCAGUCCUGUUGUUAAGCAUGUUACUGUUCGCAUUAUUCUUUCUCUUGCUUUUUCUCGGCAAUGGCCCAUUCGUCAGCUUGAUGUCACUAAUGCUUUUCUUCAUGGUUACUUGUCUGAAGAGGUUUACAUGCGUCAACCCCGCGGUUUUGAAGACCCUAAAUUUCCGCAUCAUGUAUGUCGCCUUCGGAAAUCUCUCUAUGGUCUCAAGCAAUCUCCCCGUGCUUGGUUCUCCCGUUUCUCUGAGUUUCUUAUUCACUCAGGUUUCACGGCUUCCAAGGUGGAUCCUUCCUUAUUCAUUUUUCAUAAAGAUGACAAUUUUCUCUUCCUUUUGAUUUACGUGGACGAUAUUAUUGUUACUGGUAAUGCUUUGUCACAGGUUAACGCCCUUCUUCAGUCUCUUAAUCGUCAGUUUGCGAUGAAAGAUUUGGGGGAUCUUCAUUAUUUUUUGGGCAUUGAGGUCCAGCGUACUCCGGAUAUGUUGUGUUUGAAUCAAGCCAAAUAUGUGGUUGAUCUUCUAAAAAGGGCCACCUUACAUAAGGCUAAUCCUUGUCUCACUCCGGUUGCCACUGGUUCUCAACUUAGCUCUCUUCAUGGCUCUCCUCUCUCGGAUCCCACCGAGUAUCGCAGUCUUGUUGGCGCACUUCAGUAUCUCACCAUCACCCAUCCAGACAUUUCCUUUGCCGUCAACCAAGUUUGUUAA